AUGGUGACUUUAUUGCCUCUCUGUAUAUCUAUCUAUCUAUCUAUCUAUCUAUCUAUCUAUCUAUCUAUCUAUCUAUCUAUCUAUCUAUCUAUCACACACGCACGCACGCACGCACGCACGCACACACACACACAUAUAUAUAUAUGUCUUAAAAAUAGGAUGCGUGUACUAACCCGAAGCGCGUCCUACACCGGGACGCUUCCUACACCAGGGCGCCUCCAACACCGGGGCGCCUCCUACACCGGACAUCGUUCUACGCCGGAGCGCGUUCUGUACCGGGGUGCCUCCUAUACCGUAGCUCUUUCAAUACAGGGGCGCGUUCUAUACUGGGGCGCUUCCUACACCGGAGCUCGUUCUACGCCUGGGCGCGUUCUAUACCGGGGUGCCUCCUAUACCGGAGCUCGUUCUACGCUGGGGACCAUUCUACACUGGGGCGCCUCCUACACUGGAGCUCGUUCAACGUUUUUAAAUGGAAUAACAGUAAACUUUCUGCUUAUUGCACUAGAAUCGCUCACUGUGUAUCGCUGUUUAGCGGGUUAG